AAAAACUUGUCAUUAUUUGUAACGCAGGGGUUUGACCGAUGGAUCCAUUCAAAAAGGAAUUCAAACGAUACAAACAGCGUCAGCCUCCACCAGACCUAUCAGAAGUGAUCGAUUUCACCCAGCCUGCGGGAGAACCCUUUAAGAAAUGGAUUACCACAACGGAGAAACAAAUUUCAGAUUCAGCAAGAACAGCUGACUUUGGGUUGCGCUCAUGUAGAGAGUGGCGUGUUUAUGGAGUUCGUGACCAUCCAGGUUUUAUUUUUAUAGUAAAUCCCUUCAUGCCUGGGGCACAGUGGGAGUGGAUUGAAAAAUGUAUCAAAGACUAUCCUUGUAAGCCAAAUGUGUGUAAUUUAGAUGCUCACAUAGAAAGAACAUGCNCAGAUAAGCCGCACCUUUGUAUGAAGAAGAGCCCACUGUACAAACUUCGCUGGGUUACCCUUGGAUAUCAUUACAACUGGGAUGAUAAGACUUAUAACAAAAAGAGACAUACACCAUUUCCACCUGAUUUGGGCCAACUUAUUGAAUUUAUUGCCACAACUUUACAAUUCUCCAGCUUCAAGCCUGAGGCUGGAAUAAUCAACUACUAUCAUCUGGAUUCAACACUGUCUGGACAUACAGAUCAUUCUGAAUUUGACCUCACAGCUCCUCUCUUCUCUUUGAGUUUUGGCCAGUCAGCAAUCUUUCUUCUUGGCGGGAAAACGCUGGAGCAGGUGCCACUGGCCAUGUACCUGCGUAGCGGAGAUAUCAUGAUCAUGGCGGGAAAUUCACGGUUGGCUUACCAUGCUGUGCCGAGGAUUCUACCUCCAUCUACACAUCCAGGCACUCAAAGCUUGCCUCUGUGCUUAAGGAAAGACAAAGACAAACCCGGCGAUAUGUGAGGUGAGAAAGAUGACAUUAUUCUGGAACACUACAUCUGUACCUCGCGGAUAAAUGUCAACGUAAGACAGGUUUUAGGGCCAGGAAAGGAAUUUCCUGAUGAGGAUCUCGAAGAAGAGUGAUGAAUGAUUUGCCUCGUUUAAGUAACAGGUUUUGAAAUGAAACUAUGUUACUGACGAGAAGAGGGUAGUAUCAAAUACUCCACCUCUUGAGGUGAUUCAAGCCGUCCAGCAUCGUCAAAUACAGCGCCAGAUGUUUAGCUUUUUCGACGAGCGAGAUCCGCUUGGUUUGAGUAAGAGAAUCACAAAUGAACCUCGAAAAAUUACAACUCAAGUGUAAGAAGGCCCUCUUAAGAAGGCAAAAGUCAGCGCUGACAAGAGUUUCGUCAAGAAAAUUUUUCAUGUUAGUAUUUGAUUCCUAAUUUUCUUACAAGAAAAUUCGCCAGUGCGAGUGCAGCGAGCAAUUAGGCCGCGUUCACAAUAUAAUGAACGUGGUAAAGGAGAAGUGAUGAUAUUCAAUAUGGCGGCAGACGUGUUUGUCAAGCGUCCUUUUUCUCUCUGCUUCUUGAGCUUGUUUUUGGUAGCCUUUUCUCUUUUAAGGUAUCAAUCUGGUCUCAUGACAUCUAGACCUCAGUUUCGUCCAAAAUUUUGUAGAGACUGCGUCGUAGUAACAGAAGGAUCAACUAAACGACAUAGACCGAUCGUGAAAAUGGUCAAGCAUGGCGGCCUCUGCUUAGCAACUUCUGUUGAAAGACUGAUCCUUUUGCGCUGUGGCGACAUUUUGCCAAAUGCUGGACCUCACCAGGAAUCUUUAAGCUGCUUUAUGCAAAACGUUAGAAGUUUAAAAGCCUUUCAAGUUGCGGAGGGUUUGUCUUUUGAAUCGAAGCUUGGGGUUCUACAAGAUAUCGUUUAUGGACUAGACCUCGAUGUUAUUUUCCUUACUGAAACAUGGCUAAACGAAUCAAUCAUGGAUCACGAGAUAUUGCCUACAGCGUAUAACAUUUUUAGAUGUGACCGUGUUGGUAGAGUUGGUGGUGGAGUUAUGACAGCAAUCAAAAGUACACUGUCUUCGACUCUCCAUGAAGUUCCGUCAGAGUUUUCAAGUUUAGAAAUUGUUUUGUUGAAAUAUCAAACCUAAAGUACGAUCUUACUUAUAAACUGCUAUCGCCCUCCUGACAACUAUCAACAAUUUAUUCAGCAAUUCGCUGGCUUCUAAGAUCCCUUGAAUUUUCAUCAUCACUACUCUGUUAUUGUAGGAGGGGAUUUUAACUUCCCUGGUAUACAGUGGAUAGAAGGGUCAGGCUUUGCAUCAUCUGGUGAUGAUUCUUCUUUUGCAAAUUUGUUGAUGGAGUUUUAUUUAUUUCUAUCAGUAGAGCAACCUACUAGAAGCAACAACAUCUUGGAUCUCGUUCUAACAAACACCCAUUCCCUCAUAUUCGAGCUAAAAACUGGUCCCAGUCUAGAGACAGUGGACUUUCAUCGGAUCAUUUUCCCGUCUUCUUUGACUUGGCUGUGGAUGUAAAUUUUAAAUACGUUUCUCGCCUGAAGCGAUUCGACUUCAAAAAUGCAAAAUUUGAGUCUCUUAAACGAUUAAG